AGAGAGGACCUUGACAUAUUGUUUCUGUGUUGAUUUGGACCAUACAUAUAUGGCGAAUGUGAGUGUCAGUGGAGACUUCUGCCAGGCACAGCACCUCGCCUUCGUGGACAAGUGAAUCGUCCGCCCCCCUCGGGACUACGCUACCCAGAAGCCCCCCUGAAGCCAGCACACUGGGAAUCCCGGUCUCCUCCAACGAUCCCCUGGGAUACCGCGUAGUCCUUGGCCAGAUCGCCCAGCUCUGUCCCCUGAGCCGCCAAUAAGAAAACUGCUCAGUUCUCUUCUACUUCCUGCUUUCUCUCCCAGAAGCCAAUCACAUACCGCUCUCCUGAAUGGGCCGUCUCGCCAACAUGAACCGCCCUGCAGCAGUGGAGAUUGCCUACGAGGGCAUGAGGUUCCUCAUCACACACAACCCCACCAACGCCACGCUCAACAAGUUUACCGAGGAGCUGAAGAAGUUUGAGGUGAGCACGCUGGUGAGAGUGUGUGACGCCACCUACGACAAGGCCCCAGUGGAGAAGGGGGGGAUCGAGGUCGUGGACUGGCCCUUUGAUGAUGGUGCCCCGCCCCCCACCCAGAUAGUGGAUGACUGGCUGAACCUGCUGAAGACCAAGUUCCGAGACGAGCCUGGCUGCUGCAUCGCUGUGCAUUGUGUGGCGGGGCUGGGCCGAGCUCCAGUCCUGGUGGCCUUAGCUCUGAUUGAGACUGGGAUGAAGUAUGAGGAUGCGGUGCAGUUCAUACGACAGAAGAGACGUGGAGCUUUCAACUCCAAACAGCUACUUUACCUGGAGAAGUACAGACCCAAGAUGCGUCUGCGGUUCAAGGAUGCCAACGGCCACAACUGCUGCGUCCAAUAGUGAGUGCAAUAUUCAGUCCACCUCGGAAGAGCCCCCAAACCCCCAAUGACCGUCCUACACACACACACACACACACACACCCCCCCAUAGAGACAGUUUCACAGGAAGACACUUGGCUAGUCUUACUGUAGGUACUUUUUUCCAUUCAUCAAUGCUGCUUACUGGGUUUACAAUAAAACGUCCUUACAAUGACUGCACACGCACACAGUUUCAAGUACACACACAGAUGCACAAACACACACUCUCAAUGAUACAACUGUUAAUCCCUACUCUGAAGGAAAGUAGGUGGAAAAGAAAGCAAAUGGUCAGUUAUUUUAUCAUUGUACCCAUUUUGAAGACAUUCCUAUUGGUUUUAAGAUAAAUAAAGACAUUUAAAUAAGA